AUGCCCGACACCUGCUAUGAUGGUCUUAAUAGACCUUACGAAUGCGACGACGACCACCGAGAGCUCAGUACAGCCGCCAAAGCGGGAUUGGGCGUCGGUAUCGCCGCGGCGGUACUCCUCAUUUUUGUUUGCUGCGCCAUGUGUCGUCGCAAGCGACUGCAACAGCAGCUGAUGGCGCCUCAACCCCCUAUCCUUCCCAUCGCUCAUGCGCCCGAACCGCCGCAUCUCGGAUCACGUGAUCGUGGCAACGGAAUGAUGGUGACCAGUGCCAGCCCCUACUUCGCGUCCAACCCAGCACCCAUCACGCCUUUCACCCCAUACCCCGCGCUUCCAGGAGCGAUAUACCGGCCGUCCGGGUGGACAGAGAGCGGAAAGCGUGGGGACGCUGUGAUUGAUUCCAGGGCGGCGCAUGCGCAUGGGUAUGAGUGGGAACAAGCGAGAGACAGAGGGACGAUAGCUGGGAGAGGGGAACAACAUGAUGCGCCUCCGGAGUACUCGUCCGACAUUAUUCGAGGUCUUGCAAUGGGGACUACUAUUUCCCAGCCCGCUUCAGUCUCUAGUGCAACGAGGGAGAAGCGAUACGAGUAUCGUCACUAG